AUGCCUUCUCUCACCAACAUCUUCACUUCGCUGGCAUGCCUCAUGGCAGUGGUCAAUGGCAUGCCCACCAUCAACAUUGCUCGACAGACAGCAGACGACUGUUCCACCUCGAAAACUGCCCGUCACGGGCCUGCAGCCAACUACAACGUCUUUCCCAAGCAUCCCGAUCUUGCCAAAAAUGCAUUGGGCUUCCACCUUGAAACCUACAACAACGCCUCCCAAGUUGAGCAGGUUGUCGUCUUCAAGGGCAUCCCUUCCAACGCCAAGGACUGCACCGUUGGCUGGGACCAGGGCGAGAGGAUCUCAAGAACCUUUAUCGUCAAGGGCGGCGAGGCCCUAGCCGGCGUGAGACAACUCUCCGGCUUUCCCGAGGGAGCUGUGACAUACAACUCUGUCAAGCCUUUUGACAACGCAGAGAAGGAUGUCGGAGGUGCAGACUUUACCAACUGGGACGACCUCGCCCCCCAGGGUCACAUCACUGGUGGUAUUGACUGUGCCGAGACCUUGUACUUGAAGGUCGCCCUUCGAAACCCUGACGGCAACACCAAGGUUUUCCUCGGACAAGAUGAUACCAAUGGCCUGCAUAUCACCUACUCUUGUUAG